UACACCUUGUAUCAACAGUCAAGAAAGCCCCUUGUGAACAAGGAAGUCACUAUCUAAACCUGUGAUGUAUACAUGUUUGGAUUACCUCGUCAUACUAAAGAAGGAAGUAACUCGCGAUAGAUUCGUUAAUAUGGUGAUAUUGGGAAUAUUUGGUGAAUGAUAUAUAUGGUGAUGUAUUUGCGCUUAUACCAUUCAAGAUUCCUUAGUAAGAUAACCGUCGUUAGCUUGGUGCUCUCGAUCAUGACGUCAGGGAAUACGAACGUGAAUAGUCAAGAUGCCGACUGGCCGGUUCAUGAGUUUCGAGGAGUAUGGAUUGCUACCGUUGCUAACAUCGAUUGGCCGUCAUCUCCUCACCUUUCCUCAAGUCAACAAAAGCAGGAACUUAUAGCAAUGUUUGACAAACUUGAAGAAUUGAAUUUUAAUGCCGUCGUUUUUCAAAUACGAACCUCGGGUGAUGCAUUGUACAGUUCUCAUCUCGAGCCAUGGAGUGCCUAUUUGACUGGCAAACAGGGAAUGCCGCCAAGUCCUCUUUACGACCCACUAGCAUUUGCCGUCACAGAAGCUCACAAUAGAAAUAUGCAGUUACAUGCAUGGUUCAAUCCUUUCAGAGCACGUGCCGGAAGUACACAGAGAUCGGAUUUGGCGGCAAACCAUAUUUCCCAUCGUUUCAGCAGUGCGUGCUAUGCAUAUGGGAAAGACCUCUGGAUGGACCCGGGCGACCCCGACGUACAGAACUUUACUUUUAAUGUUUUCAUGGACGUGUUGGAGCGUUACGAUGUUGACGGGAUACACAUUGAUGACUAUUUUUAUCCAUAUCCGGUAGGUGACCAAGACUUUCCAGACGCCAACACAUACCGUCGUUAUGGAGGUAAGAUGUCGCUUUCCGAUUGGAGAAGAGACAAUAUCAACAAACUUGUCAAAAACAUCUCAAAAGGCAUAAAAGCUAGAAAACCCUUUGUCAUGUUUGGAAUUAGUCCUUUUGGGAUAUGGAAACCUGGUCAUCCCAGUCAUGUCGUAGGCUUCAACGCGUUUAAUGAAAUUUAUGCAGAUUCACGAAAAUGGUUAGAGAAUGGAUGGGUUGAUUACUUUACUCCACAGCUGUACUGGCAAAUAGAUCCUCCUGCUCAAAGUUACACGGCCCUCCUUGAUUGGUGGACAGAACAAAAUCAACACAAGAGACACAUAUAUGCUGGUAAUUUUGCUGCAGCCAUAGUAACCAAGUCGUGGCCCGUCACCGAGAUAGAAAGACAAGUUAUUGAAUCACGGGACCGCAGAUCAAAGCAAAGUCUGGGAAAUGUGUUUUUCAGUGCUAAAUAUUUCGUUCAAAAUACAGAUAGGAUAAGCGACAUGUUCAAAUCUCACAUAUACAAUUAUCCUUCCAUUACGCCGGAAAUGACUUGGCUGAAUAAAACUUGGACAUUGCCAACCCCUCAAAAUGUCUUGGCGACCGGGACAGCUGUCACAUGGCAAGCAGACGAUUCUCCAGCAAUACGGUCCUGGGCUUUAUACAGGGUGUAUGCGGAUGGUUGGCUUCUGGUUAAAGUUUUAAGUAAGAAUGUCACCUCCGUAGACCACUUGAUUGAGGGAAAGUACGCUUUACGUACAGUAGACAGACUUGGUGGACAGGGCAAGGCAGUCACCUUCAUCUUGGGCGGAAGUGGAGCAAGUGUCGUAGGAUAGUAUCAGUAUAAGUAGUAGGAUUAUAUCAGUAAAACCGUCAUAUAUCAUAUAUAUUGAAUAGUAAAGAUGUAGAGUUUGUGAUUAUUACAAUACAUGAAUUGUAUGACGUCAACAUUGUAUGACGUGAACACGAUGAUUUAUCUCCCGGAGGAGAAUACUAUUUAGUACGACGGGUUAUGGCUAGCUCACCAUUGCAAUAUUUGAUAUAUUUCAAGUGAUUUAUAUUGCCAGACUUCUGUUAUAGUUUAUAAAAUGUGUUAAUUAUACUCUUAAUUGCGUGAUGGAUUUGUAUAUAUUCAAAAUCUUGUGAUACAUAAUCGAAAGAUUUUAUUGAUGUGUGAAAACAUUGAGGUUUAUUUUCGAAGGUUUCUAUUCACUUCCAGCGAUUUGUAAAACUAAAAAAUCCGGUGCUUUUUGUACAAAAUUACGCAAUUCAUAUUAGAAUUUCCAAAGAAAAAGAGAGCUUAUACCGCGGUGCAGCGUCCGUCGUCAAUCUUUCAACUUUUCCUUAAAAACGCCUACUAGUCGAGAAUGGCUGUAUGGAAUUUGACCAAAGUAGUGUGGGGAAUUAUUAGACUGAGAAGACUCACCAUUGUAUAAAUGAAGGAUGUGUCACCCUUGGGUAAGAGGGUUGGACCCUUUAUUGGAAAAUAUCUCCUUAAAAUCCUUCUCUUUGAGUAUCGCUAAACGGAUUUUAUUUAAUGAUGAUUAAGAACAUCCUUGGAUCAAGGGAACAAAACAUUAAUUUAGUUUUAUCUGGAACAUCAUUAGAUCAUUCUUAUAGUUAGAGUUUGUUGCAAGGGGAAAAUAAUAUUAUGUUAAGACGAAGAAGCUUAAAUGCUGAUAUUUUGUAGUUUAAGUGAACACAUCUUCUUUUAUAAAUGGAAAAGGAUGACAGGUUUUAUUUUAAGUGCUCAAAGGUAAUAUUUGCACAAGUUUAUCGAAUGUAAAUGAAAUGAAGAAGGUGCGCUACAGGCCUGUUAUGUUUUCGCAUAAAGACAGUACACAACAAAUGAGCAAUCAUUUCGGCGGUAGAUAUUUUCUGCUUCUUUGGUUAAAAUAUGUUUAAGACAAUGGUAAGUGCCUCUUCAAACAUUUAGCAAUUAUUUCAUAUUGGCCAUGAUGCAAUUUAUUAUUAGAGUAAUCACAAAUCCGGGAUCACAAGUCAUAGCAUUUACAAAUGUUUACAUCCUGUAUAUUAAGGAAAACAAUUGGAACCUCGCAAGUAUCCGCAUUUGGUUCCUCAAACUGAUAAUGGGAAGUUUCAUUUUUUGUAAUGGAAGCACAAAUACCUAACCUAUCAAUGGAGGACACACAACGACUUUUCACAGACAGGGACACACAGAGAAGGAACAAAUUAAAGUUGUGUAAUUCAAGUUGGUAAUUAAAUGAAUAUAAUUUUUAUAAGUAACGCAUAAAAAUGAAUAUUUACCACCUUUCCUAAAAGUAAAAAAACAUGUUUAUGUUAAUUACUAUUAAUAACAGGUAGAUAAGUAUAUAAUAUAAGUAUAAUACGGAGAUUGUAGAAAAUUUACUAUACAGUACUGAAAGUGUACACUUACUCUGAAGUAAAAGCUACAAUAACAUAUCUAGCAUAAGCUGAACAACGAAAAUACAAGAAAAAUAUAUAUAAAGCGUUCUCAGUUAUACUUUCUGUACUGCAAGAACACAUUAAAAUUGAUUAUUAGGACUAGCAACUCCCAUCAUUGUAAUAGACGAAGGGAGAUAACUUCGCAAUGCUUACUGUCUAUGAAGUAUGCAAAGGUGAUGCAUUUUUGUCACAACAUAAUCUAAUAAUUCAGUAUUACAUGGACAUUGCGUAAAGCAAAGGUGGGGUCAACAUUUGGCCCCCUCUUUGAUUUCUUUUAUUCUUUUGCCAUAUGUAGAUACGUCAAAAAAAAAAAGAUCAAUAACUGCAUACAUGAUUAUUCGUAAUUACAACUGAUAAUCAUAGUGGACCUCCUUGCAUAACUCCAGGUUGAAUGACGGGGGUAUCCUAACAAAAUGACCGAUAAGUGUCACAGGAGAAUACUAUUUUGCAAAUGAAUUAUGAUAGUGUACAGUGCAUAAAAUUACUGUUAUUUAAAUACUAAAUAUGUC